UGUCUGUCUCUCCCUUCUCUCUUUCCAGCCAGAGGCAGACAACGAAGGAGCCGGUGGAACGUUGAAACUUGCUCGCGGCCCAGGGCGUGACUCACCUCCAGACACAUCCAGCCAGAAUCCAGCCCUGGGGAGGGAAAGGGGGCGGGGAGGGGCCGAGGGGGAGGGGGCCCAAUUACCUCACUGAGUUAUUAAAGUCAUAGUGUCCCCUGCCUCGGCGCAGGCUGGAGGCAGGUUAGAAGAGCCCUGAAGGCCGAGGAAGGUGUGGGAACGUUUCCCCUCCCCCUAGGCUUGGGGGAAGGGGCCUGAGAUAGUGACUUCCCCCACUCCACUCCCACGGACCGGGAGCUUAAGGUGGAAGUCUGAUUAGCUUCGGGCGGGCUCUGGGCAGAGUGAUAGGAGGAAGCGCCGGGAAGGCUGGGGGCGGGUGGUGGUUAGCUCCUAAGGACUCCGAGGUGAGUGGGGCUGCUCAGCUCCGCAGGAGGGUGCAGGCGGCUUCCAGUUGCCAAGCCUCUCCCACUCAGCCCGAGGCAGUGACUCUGUAGGGCUCCACGUCUGGGCUCCCUCUGCCACGGGGACCUCAUCCCCACGCCUCCACCUGGAGCCCCCUCCUGCACCUGGGAGGAGACGAGGGUCCGCUCUGGGGCUCUCACGGUCCUCUGCGCUUCCUAGGAUGAAGGCGCCCCGAGCCCGGAGGGGUUCCGUCUACAGAGCGCACUGAGAUCCGUGGCAUCGGCGCAGGGGCAGGAAUUCAGGGCCGGGGGCCGGUCCCCCUGGCAUUUCUUCUCCUCUAGCUGCGGUCCCUGCGGAUAAGGCGCUUGGAGAUCCACGGGCACCUCGGGGCACAGGCCCCGCCCCCAAAGAGCCAAUCGAUCUAGCCUGGGAGAAGGUGGGGAGCCCACCGCGGUGUUGGGGAGAGACGCAGAGGAAAACCUGAUCUGAGGAGCUCACGGGCAGUGGGAAGAAGCCCCAGGAGCCAGAAAUCAGGGUGGACUGUUUUCGUGGUGACCUUGUUCUAGUCACAUCCCUCUGGCCCUCAGUUUUUGUAUGUGAAAUAAAGGAGUUGGAACUGAUUCUCUCCAAGGCCCCUCCCAACCCUGACACCCCCUGUUCUAGGUACUAAGGUCCAUCCCUAGAAAGGGCCUGAGGCACCCCUGCGGUGGGCGAGAACGAGACCUCAGCCCGCUCUGGCAGCCCCUCCCUGGGGUGCCCCUUCCCCUCUCUCCAUCCUGGGGCUGACUUGUUUCCCUCUCCCCGCAGCUGUGAGGGCCCCAGUGAUGGCCAGCAGCCCGGCCCCAGCCAUGGCAGAGAAGGAGAAGAGCAGUAUUCAGUGCUCAGCCUCUAAAAGCAUCCGGCCCUUCCGCUCCAGCGAGGAGUAUCUGGAUGCCAUGAAGGAAGACCUUGCUGAGUGGCUGAAUGCCCAGUAUGGCCUUGCCGUCCCUGGCGGUGGCGGGGGCUUCCUGGAGGCGCUGGAGACCGGGGCGGUGCUGUGCCGCCAUGCCAACAACGUCAACGGCAUCGCCAGGGACUUCGCGAGCAGCCACCCGGAGGCUGCCGGCCGCCUCCGCUUGCCUUCCAGGGAGGUGGUGUUCCAAGCUAAUGGAGUGGCCCCGGGCUCCUUCCUGGCCCGAGACAACGUGUCCAACUUCAUCGCCUGGUGCCGAGGAGAGCUGGGCAUCCCGGAGGUUCUGAUGUUUGAGACGGACGACCUGGUCUUACGCAAGAAUGAGAAGAACUUUGUGCUUUGCUUGUUGGAGGUGGCCCGUCGGGGCUCCAAGUUUGGGGUGCUGGCCCCGAUGCUCAUCCAGCUGGAGGAGGAGAUUGAGGAGGAGCUGAGGGACCAGGCCAGGGAGCCGGGGCCUCCCACCGCUGGGGUCGAGGACCGGGACCAGCGCCCGGCGGAUCCGGCCUCCGGGAUUGGGGCCUACCCCAGCCGGGGACCCAGGAUGACCCUGUGUGACCUCCGAAACCUCGAUGAGCUGGUUCGAGAGAUUUUGGGCCACUGCACCUGCCCAGACCAAUUCCCCAUGAUCAAAGUGUCGGAGGGGAAGUACAGAGUGGGGGACUCCAGCGCCCUCAUCUUUGUUCGAGUCCUUCGAAGCCAUGUGAUGGUGAGGGUGGGAGGAGGCUGGGACACCCUGGAACAUUACUUGGAUAAGCACGACCCAUGUCGAUGUGCCUCCAUCUCACACCGGCUGCCCCAGCCUCGGGCGCUGGCCUUCUCCCCGCAGAAGGCGUCUCCGGCCCCCAGCUCUCGACCCUCCAGCCCCGGGGCUCUGCGCUGGCCAGACGUGGGGAGUCCUGCCCCAGGAGGGGAGCGCCGGGGCUCUCGGCCUGAGGGGCUCCCUGCCCGUCUUGGGGCUGGGGGAGCAGGUUCCCCUCAGGCCUCUGCGAACCCCCGGGGCCAUCGGGAUGGGCCAGAGACUCGACAAUCCAACCCACUGAGGCCCCGGGAUCAGCUGCCCCCCAGGUCCCGCCGCUGCUCGGGUGACAGUGACUCGUCAGCUUCCUCUGCGCAGAGUGGCAUCUUGGGCUGUUGCCGGGGCGAAGAGAGGUCCCCGGGACCCCGGAAGGACAGUAACAGCCGAGUGACCAGGGUCCCAGCUCCGCUCAGGAGACCCCCAGCUCACCGGAGCAAGUCCCGGGAUCGGGGGCCCGGGCCCAGCCCCCGUGUAGAGGAGCGAGGUCGGCCCCGAGGUGCCCACAGCGGAAGAGAUGCCCGCCUGGCCACCCCGAGCCCUGCCCGGCGGGCACGGAGCCAGGGCCGGGAGGACCAGACGAUGCUUCUCAUCCACCGAGACAGGGACGGGCAGCACUCGUGGGCUCGCCCCUGUGGCUCUGGCAGAAGCACCCCCAGGGCAAGGAGCCCCGCCGUUCCCCGUGCCUGGCCCCAGCCCUCCGCGGUCCCAGAGCCCCCCCGGCCCCUGCAGGUGGUAGACACCCUCUGCCAGGAACUCGAGGAGCUGGCUCGGAGCUUCCGGGCCCCCCUGGACCCACGACAGGAGCAGCAGCUGUACCGCAGCCUGGAGGAGGAAUUCCUGGCCAACUCGAAGGCGCUGGAGGCCGAAGGGGCCUCCCUGCCCCAGGGCCCCCAGACCACCCCCGAGCCUGUGGCCUCUGACUCUGCAUACUGCUCCUCCAGCUCGUCCUCAUCCUCCCUCAACUUCUUUAGCAAGCACGGCACCCCUGGAGAGGCCUCCCGCACGGGGCCGGCUCCCAACGGGCUGGCCACCAUCCCCAAUGGCUCAGGUGAAACGUGGGAUGCCAGGGUCCCAGGCCGCCGCCGGGGCCCGGCUCUCUCCAGCUCUUCAGAUGAGAGCAAUUACUGUCCUGCUCUCAAUGACGUGCAGGAGGUACCUGAGGUGGGCUGGAGUGAGGUGGAAAUUGCGGGCUCAGGGGAGGAGCAGGGGGGGCCGGGGUUCGGGCCGGCCAGGCUCUCCCUAGCUGCAGACCAGCUAAGACCGUGUGCCCGUCCUCGGGUGGACAACCAGCCAGACCGAAAGCCAUCCCGCAUCCCUACCCCUCUGGCCCCCCGCAGGCCUUCAGCCGAUCACAGGGCCUGGCAGGGUCUGCACUCGGCCCUCUCCGGCUUUCUGGAGCCCCUGGCUCAGGUGCCAAGGGGAGAGAGUAGGCAGGAGGAGGGUGCCUGGAUGUGACCCCCUCUGAGUCCCUUCCAGACCUUGCCGCUAUGGCUGGGGGGCCCCCCAGUGCCUCCUCCCUGGGACCACUGAGACUAGGGCUGUUGGCCCCCCAGCUGGGGCCUCCCCUUAUGUUUGCCCCCCAGCCCCUUCUUCCUUCCUCUGUGGCCUUAGUUUUAACUGGGUCCAUCGGACCCAUCAGACUUCCGCUCCCUGAGUCCAGGGACCAAUGUCAGGGAAAGAGGAGCGGAGACUGCGGCCGACUUUUUGAGUUUGUGGCUUUAGGGUUAGGGGGAGGCAGGUGGCCUGGGCUGGACCCCAUGCCUCCCCUGUACCGUAUAAGUGGGCAUAGUGGAUCUAUUUAAAUCUAAUAUAUUGAGAGAGAGAGAGAGAGAGUAUGUGUGUGUGUGUGUGUGUGAGAGAGAGAGAGAGAAGAGAGACAGAGAGCCCUAGGCCAGGCCCCAGCCCUGCUGAAGACCCCCCCACCCCCUCCCUUGCUCUGUAAGCCUCCCUGGCCCUGAGAGAUUCUGAGCUGACGAGAGUAAACUAGUGUCCAUCG